UAAAAAGACAGUACAAAGUCACAAAAAUAUGUCAAAAGUAGUUCAAGUGGUCACCUAUUUGAGGGACAGAAUCACACUUUGGGCGCACAAAACCACACGAGAGACCAACGAAGACGAAGAAUCAUCUGAUGACGAAUCGGACGAUGGAUACGAGUUUCAGGAAGAGGGUCGCGGUUUGCGUACAGAACGUAUACUGCGGGCCAUUAUUCAUAUACCGGUGCGUUGGUUCCAGAAUGUCUAUCACGCAAAACAACUGGAGCGCAGCCUAAACAAAGAACACCCGGAAUGUCCAGUAAAAGUCAAAGUUGUGGACAAACUGGUGGGCAACGAGUUUGUGGAAAAUACUUUCGACUACGGACUCAUCAUUGUUCCCGUUAUGUUUUUGGUCAGUUUUACACUGUGGGCCGUUUCCCGAUGGACAGCCCGCUGGCUAUUCGAACCGUUAGCACUGGUAAUGAUCAUACUGUCAGUCAUACUGUUUGUAGCAUUUGGUCUAAUGUUUGUCUUCGCCGCCUUUUUCGGCUAUGAGUUUGAGUAUGUGGACGCACGGAGUUACCCGAAACGCAAACGCAAUCCGAUGGACUCGUAUAGUAAACUGGCCUAACAUUUGUUGGCAAUGAUUACAUCGAUUUUUUUAUUCGAGAUUUUAUUUAU